AUGGAACAUCGUCGAUCGAGUUUAUUAAUCAAAGAUUUUGAACCAUCCGCUGUUCGUUUAAAACGAAAAUUACAUUCAAUUUUAAAUCGUAUUCAUAAACGUGAAUCGUUUAUUGAUACCACUACUCUUCAAUAUACUACUCUCGUUUGGGAAUUUUUAUUUUAUCUCAUUUUAUUAAUCAUCAUUUUAGUUAUUAGUUCAUUGACACUUUCAACACAAGAUAUCUUUUAUACAGGAAAAUGUGCACGACGUUUACUUGUAAAUAAAAUAGAUCUAGAAAACGUAAAAACAGUUGAUCAAUUUUGGAUAUAUCUUGAACAAUUUAAUAAAUUAGUUUUUGAGAAAGUUGUUAAUGUGAGAAAUACAACAUAUCUGACAAAUUUACCAAUAAAUACGACAUUGUAUCAAAUAUUAUUUUCCAAUGAAAAUUAUAUAAUUGGAAAACCACGAUUGAGACAAUUGCGUGUCGAUGAAACACAUUGUCGUGUAGCAAAAGAUUUAUCUGUACGACCGUUGUAUUGUUAUGCACCUUAUAAAAAAUCGAGAGAAUAUCGCAAAUCGUUUACAACUGUCACUAGUUAUGUGUAUAUUUAUACCAAGCCAAAAUCAACAGAUGCCUUUAAAUUACCUGGUGUCUAUGGCCCAUAUGAUACGGGAGGUUUUAUUGUUUAUUUUGAAUCGACAUCUCAAACAAAUAUCGAUUUAAUUGAAGAUUUAAAAAGAACAGCAUGGCUUGAUCCUGGCACAAGAGCAAUUGUCAUCGAGCUCAUUUAUUUUAAUCCAAAUACUGAUUUAUUAACUUCUGUUAAUAUUUUGUUUGAAUUUACUACCACUGGUGCUGUUGAAGUAAGAGAAUUCAUUCAUACCGUCGCCUUUGAGGGUUAUUUUUUUGGUCGUAAUCAUGUACUCGGAACAUUUCAAAUAUUAUUUAUUGUCAUGUAUUUAUAUUUUGCAUUCUAUUAUGUUGGUAAAGUAGCCGACGAUCGUUUGUGGUUUUUAUGGAAUCAAUAUUGGAAUAUAUAUGAUUUAUUUUUACUAAUAUUAUUUACUAUAAAUCUAUUUUUUGAUAUUAAAUUUUUAGUAUUUAUUGGUCGAGCAAUUGAUGCUCUCUCGGUACCCAAUACACCCAAUUUUGAUGUGUACAAACGAACAUUACCAUUUAUACGUACACAAAUAUCACGUAUUAGUGUACAAGCCUACAUGACAUGUGCUAUUGUUAUACGUUCAUUAAAAUUUUUAUCAUCUAUAUCGUAUUUAACAGGACAUUUAUUAUCCGUUUUCUAUCAAUCGAUAACAAGUUCAUUUGGAUUUUUAUUACUCUUUUUUCUUGUUUUCAUGUCAUUUGUGUUUUUUGGUACAUUUCAUUAUGGUACAGAAUUGUAUGAAUUUCAUACGUUUGCAUUGACAUCAUAUACGCUAAUUCGAUGCGCAUUGGGUCAAUUUGAUUAUGAUCGAGCGUACCGUGUGUCACCGACAUGGACACCAAUCUAUUACAUGUUGUACGUAUGUAUCAUAUUUUUUAUCCUUUUAAAUUUAUUUAUCGCCAUUAUCAAUGAAACGUAUGUCAUUAGUAAAAAUUCUGAAUUACAAGCAAAAGAAAUUGAAUUACAAGAUGAACUUGAACAAUAUGGUGCCAACGAACAACGACAAAAACGUCCAAAACGCCCUAUAUUACAAGAUCGAUUUAUCAGACAAAUCAAUCGGUUAUUAAGAUUGUUUGAUAUUGAUAAACAAUUUGAUGUUAAUGAUGAAAAUUUAUUAAUAGGAAAAAAAGAUCAAACAAACACAGAAAAAGAUGAUGAGGAUGAUGAUGAUAAACAAAUGAUGGGAAAAAUGGACAUCACUGUUAAACACGCUAUAUUAGCUGAACAAUUAAAAACGAUUUUAAUUAAUGAUGGUUAUAAUACGGAUGUUAUUGAUGAAUACUUUAAACGUUAUAGAAACAGAGAGGAUUUAUCAAUAUUAAAAAUGGAUCAGAGUAAAGCGAUUAAACAAUUACAAGGUGAAUUUAAAAUUUUUAAUAGACAAUAUGAAACAUUAACAAAUGAUUGGAGAAAAGCGGCAAUAGCAACGAGAGAAGUAAUCUUGUUAAAUACUGUUGAACAAGACCAAGCACAAACAAUGAGAACACAUUUAGAUAAUCUUGAUAAACGAUUUCAAAAAUUAAAAAUACUUGUACCAAAAGCAUUGAGAAAUGCAGUACAAUUAUAUAUUGAUAGAUUUGCAAUUGAUUAA